CUGUCACUUGAACACACAGUGCCGCGGCACGCGCCGAGCCAUUCUACCAGUACGGAGACAGUGGAAAUGGAACAAAUUCAGACAAACACACGUCUGUUUUCAUUCUCCUAGUGUUCACACUUAGACAGGCUGGUCAACUGGGACGCAACAAAUUAGUGACGGGAUUUAUAUGAGCAUUCAAAACAGUUGUGGUUUCUUUUACGCACUGGGUCUAAGUAAGGAAAAUCCGACAGUUGUUCAUCUGAUUGCUGCGCCCGGACAGAUCAGAGCCAACCCUACUGUUCUGAGCGCAACUGCACAUACAUGGGGCUCGCUGCAUUGUUCGGAAGAUGGUUCUCUCUUCACAGUUGAGGUAUUCGCCGUCAGCCGCCGCGGUCUUGAGAGAAACGGAGUUCCCGGUGGAUGCCUACGCUCUCCGCCCGCGUCGCCCGUGCUGUCGGGGAAAGCCGUUGAACUGAGAUGGCAGUAGCAGCGGUUUGUCCGGAUCAAAGACGCCUGCAGUCUUGCCACCGAACUUGGGGGGAGGGAGUUUUGAUUGCGGUGUUGUGUCUCCUAACCGUCUUACCUGUCAGACAACUUUGUGCUUUCCCUUCCUCCCUCAGCGAUUGUCAAACACCCACUGGAUGGAAUUGCUCCGGUUUUGACGAGCAGGACACAGACCUCUUCCUUUGUGACACCAACACUUGCAAAUACGACGGGGAAUGCCUGAGAAUCGGUGACUCUGUCACAUGCAUCUGCAACUUCAAAUGCAGCAGUGACUAUGUGCCGGUGUGCGGCUCCAAUGGAGAGAGCUACGAGAAUGAGUGCCUCCUGCGGAAAGAGGCCUGCAAGCUGCAGACAGAGGUGCUGGUCGUCUCAGAGGGGAGUUGUGCCUGAAAUGCUGGCUCUGGCUCGGGGGAUGAUGCUGGUGGUGAGGGCUCAGCAGAGACCAGCCAGAGAGAGACGUCCACCUGCGACAUCUGCCAGUUCGGCGCCGAGUGUGACGAGGACGCAGAGGACGUCUGGUGUGUGUGCAACAUUGACUGUGCCCACACCAACUUUAACCCCGUGUGUGCAUCAGACGGCCGUUCCUAUGACAACCCUUGCCAGGUGAAGGAGGCGUCGUGCCAGAAGCAGGAGAAGAUUGAGGUGCGACACCUGGGCCACUGCCAAGAGGAGGCCAACGCCAGAGGACUGUCCAUCCCCUGCCCGGAACGCUACAAUAACUACUGCAUCCAUGGAGACUGCCAGUACCCAAACAGCCUCUCACCUCCCACCUGCAGCUGUCACUCAGGCUUCAGCGGACCACAGUGUGACACUAAAGAGUACAAUGUGAUGUAUGUGGUGCCUGGUUCCGGAAAGGUCCGAUAUGUUCUCAUAGCCUCCAUCAUCGGAGCCCUGCAGGUGGCCAUCAUCUGUCUGGUGGUGUUGUGUAUUACACGGAAGUGCCCGCGGACCAACAGGAUAGCGCGUCAGAAGCAGAACGUCCCACACUACAACUCAGAAAACACCUUGCGCGCCUCCACUCGACUCAUCUGAAACACUCUCUCUCUCACACACACUCACACACAUACACUAAGACACAGACACACACACACCACACAUCAAAAUCACAGAUGCACACACAUAUGUGAUAGUGACGUAGGAGUGGUCACACAUACACACCCUUACAGAAUUAUGGGAUAUAGAUUAGAAAGGGGUUGUGACCACAACAUCUCAACAAGUUUGAGACUACAUGUGACUGGUUGAAUGUACUGUCAGUCCCCCAUUCCCUUCUUUGUAUUGGUGAAUCAGAGCGAGAUGGAGGCGGGGCUUAUGUGUGGUGGUGGUGGGAUGGUCUUGCUCUUCGGUCUUAGCCCCUCCCUCCUCUCUUUCUAUCCAAUAGCAGCACACGUAGGAAGAGGAGGAGGCGAGGUCUGGCCAUGCAGCCCACCCCGCUGAACCAAUGGGAGGAGGGGGUGAAAGAGACACCCCCAGUCACGCCCGCUGCCCCCACCCCGGGUCAGGACCCCCUGGUCGGACAGU